AUGAAUGAGUCAUGGUGGAUGAACCCAUUAUUCAAGAAGGGAUAUGAAAGACAGCUGGAAGUUGAGGACAUGUACAAUGUGGUCAACGAGGACCAGUCUGAAACCCUUGGCAACAGACUAGAGGAAGAAUGGGCGAAGGAGGUGGAGAGAACGAAGGAUGGGAAACUUCAGCCGAGCCUCUUCCGAGCCCUGUUUCGCAUGUUUUGGUUCGAGUACCUGCUGUUGGGGCUUAUCUUACUGCUUGAGGAAGCCACAAAGGUCAUUCAGCCCCUACUGCUGGGUGGCUUGAUCCGCUACUUCACGCCGGGGUCAGGCGUUGGGAAAACCGAGAGCUACUUGUUUGCAGGGGGAGUGAGUCUAUGUGUGCUAGUACUGGCGGUUACAGACCACCCUUACUUCUUUGGUGUCCAGAGGAUUGGUAUGAAGAUGAGGAUUGCAUGCUGCUCCUUGCUGUACAGAAAGUCUUUAAGGCUAAGCAAUGAGGGCCUGAGUAAGACGACAACUGGGCAAAUCGUGAACCUGCUUUCCAAUGAUGUGAACAAGUUUGACCAGUCUGUGAUUUUUCUGCACUUCCUGUGGGUUGGUCCCCUGGAGGCUGUAGCAGUGUUAGCAAUAUUGUGGCAUAAGCUGGGUCCAUCCACACUUGCAGGAUUUGCAGUUCUGUUACUUCUGGUUCCCGUUCAAGGCUUGAUGGGGAAACUCGUUUCGAAAUUCCGGUACCAGCUUCUUACAUUCAUUGCUCAGACUCCAGUUAUAUUUCAGUAA